AUGAUUUCUGACACAAAGAUUGUAAGCGAUACGGACGGUGAGGAGACUGGCAGCGACGAUUCGGAAGAUGAGGAGGACAGCUCUCCAUCGGAUAUGGAAGAAGAUAACGCGAAUAAAAAUUCGAAGUCUUCUCGUCCUCCAACUGCUGCUGAUAGUGAAACCUCUGCUAUCAUUUCGUCCAGCAUAACACCUGCGUCCUCGAACGAUGCCUCUCCUCAGACAAAGGUCGAGUCGUCAUGGGAGUGCCCGGAUUGUUUCAUAACCAAUAAGAACGUAUCGGUUUGCGUAGCGUGCGGUCACAACAAAGACGGUGGAAACGCUCCCAAAGCUCUUGUCUCCAAUAUCUCUUCAUUCGCGAAAUCUGCACCUUCUACCACAUUUAGCUUUGGAUUAACGUCUGGAAAAUUGGCAAAUGGAAGUAGCAAACCUAGUGUUGCUACAGCGAUACCUUCCAGCACAAGUGAAUCUGCUUCAAAGGGUUCAGUUGGUGUGAGUGCUGCCACUGCUAAUGCUGGUCCUGCACCGGCUGUGCUCUCUGUUCCCGUUGCAUCUCAAGCUGAUUCAUCUACGGCUAUGGCCAAACCAAUUGAGAAGGAAAAGGCAGGCGAUUCGGAUAAAGAACGAAAAGCUUGGGAUUGUCCGGACUGCAUGGUUCAAAAUAAGGUUUGUAGUUAGUU